CUUUUUUUGAUUUCAAUGCUGUUUAGUCGUUUAGUUACUGCAGUGCCAAACGGUUGUAAAGGCAUAGAAGAAGAUCGGUUUGUUGCGUGUGGAAAGGGAGCCGAGGCCAUAAUUGGCGUAAUAAAUUCUAUAAAUUGAAAAUUUAUUAUAUUAUAUUUUGCAAAUAUAUUUCAUUGAGUUCAUUGAUUUGAACUAAUUAAUUGGACAUAUCAAUUCAACAACAAUAACAAUACAGCGUCAUGACUUGUGCAACGUCCACAGUGAAAUUUCUAGCCUUUCUAAUGAAUGUGCUCUGCUGUAUAGCGGGCGCUUUUAUGCUAUCGGCAAGCGCAUACUCCUUGGUGCAAUUCAACGCCAGCGAAUCCAUUAAGAUACCUUGCAUUAUGGGCGUGGUGUUGGGCGGUUUGCUCUUCGCCACCACAAUUGUGGGCUGUUGUGGCACCAUACGCGAAUCACCACCCACUAUUUUGGUUUACGCCAUCUUUUUGCUGCUGCUUCUUCUCGCACAAAUCGCUGUCAUCUUUGUGCUGCCCAUAAACUUCUCCAAAUUAGCCGAGGAGACGAUACAGAAUGCUUGGAAUCGACAGAUGAGCGACGAUGCCAUGGAUAAUUAUCAAAUUAGAUACGAAUGUUGUGGCAGAAAUGGACCGAACGAUUAUAUCGACAGUGGGCUAUCCAUACCUACGAGCUGUUAUCUCAAUCGCAAGCCGUCCAUUCUAAAUGAUCUCUACACAGCGGGUUGCGUAGAGAAGUUAACCCAAGCCUUUUCUAACGGUUCACGUAUCGAAGUAAUAAGCGAUUGGACAUUGGUGGGCGUUGAGGGUGUUACCAUAAUUGUCGCUUGCAUUCUGGGCAUCAAUUUCAAAAACUUAGAAAGAAGGCGCUACUAUUAACACGAAGAGGCUUUCAUAUGCAGAAAUUUCAUAGUAUUUUUAAUAAGAAGCUUUAAUUUGAAGAAUAGUCAUAUUUAAUAAAUAUUUUAUUGUAAUUUUGUAAACAAUUAAAGCCAAAGUAUAAGACAUUACAAAAGGAAGAAUAAAAUAUUAACAUUUCUUAAGGGAAAA